AUGCCAAUAUAUGCUAAGUUUCUGAAGGAAUUAAUGACUAAGAAGAGAAGUUGGAGGAAUGAUGAAACUGUGGUUUUAACAGAAGAAUGUAGUGUUAUCAUCCAACACAAACUGUCUCAAAAAUUGAAAGACCCAGCAAGCUUCCAAAUCCCCUGCAUUAUAGGAGAAAUCACAGUGGAGAAAGCCUUAUGUGAUUUGGGAGCCAGCAUAAAUUUGAUGUCCUUAACAAUGAUGAAAAGAAUGAAUAUUGAGGAAGCCAAACCAACCAGAAUGGCUCUCCAAUUGGUAGACAGGUCAUUCAAAUUCCCUCAUGAAAUAGUAGAAGACAUGUUGAUGAAGGUGGGAGACUUCAUCUUCCCUGCUGACUUUGUGGUGUUGGAUAUGGAGGAAGAAGCGAAGGCUUCAAUAAUUUUGGGAAGGCCAUUUUUAGCCACUGCUGGGGCUAUCAUUGAUGUCUAA